GAAGGCUUGCUGUUUAAUUGCACCGCUCGAGUGACGGGACGGCAAGAGGAGGAGGAGGAGGAGCAGAGAAAGACAGACAGAGAGAGAGAGAGGGACAAAUAGAGAGACAGAGAGAGAAAGGAAAAACUUUGAUUUAGAGACGCGCCGGUCGAAUGAUGGUCACUGAGUGCAGAUGGAUUCAGUAGAACUUUCAAUGCCUGAGUGUUUCUCCUUACACUCUGAACAAGAGUAGAAUGAAUGUAUCAAAGGCCCAAGUUAAUAGCGAAGAUAAGUACGGCAAAUGCGGUGCAUGGAGAAUGCAACAGCAUUACACCGUCGAUACGCACGCGCUCUAUAACCAAAGCAGGCUGCUUUGCAGAAUGUCCAGCAAGGAACGUCACAUUGAGUCCAACUGUCCCUCGUACAUCAAGACGGAACCCUCUAGCCCAGCCUCGCUGACCGACAGCGUCAACCACCACAGUCCCGGCGGCUCGUCAGACGCCAGCGGCAGCUACAGUUCCGCGAUGAACGGCCACCAGAACGGUUUAGACUCGCCCACGCUGUACGGCCCCGGAGGCACGCUGGGCCCCAACGGCACUGGCGCUAAGCGCUACGAAGACUGCUCCAGCACCAUCGGUGAGGACUCGCAGAUCAAGUGUGAAUACAUGCUCAACUCCAUGCCCAAGCGCCUGUGCCUGGUGUGUGGCGACAUCGCGUCAGGUUACCACUAUGGCGUAGCUUCAUGCGAAGCCUGCAAGGCCUUCUUCAAGAGGACCAUUCAAGGCAAUAUCGAGUACAGCUGUCCCGCCACCAACGAAUGUGAGAUCACCAAGCGCAGACGGAAGUCCUGCCAAGCCUGCCGCUUCAUGAAGUGUCUGACCGUCGGAAUGAUGCGAGAAGGAGUGCGGCUGGACAGAGUGCGCGGAGGCAGACAGAAAUACAAACGCCGGAUAGACGCAGAGAACAGUCCCUAUCUCAACCCACAGCUUGCCCUGCCGGCCAAAAAGCCAUUCCCCUUUGGCUGCCUUGCAGAUAAUAAGAUCGUGUCACACUUGCUGGUGGCUGAACCCGAGAAGAUCUACGCCAUGCCGGACCCGACCGUGCCCGACAGUGACAUCAAGGCUUUGACCACGCUGUGUGACCUGGCAGACCGAGAGCUGGUGGUCAAUAUCGGCUGGGCCAAGCACAUCCCAGGCUUUUCUUCGCUGUCGCUGGCUGAUCAGAUGAGUCUGCUGCAGAGCGCGUGGAUGGAGAUCCUGAUCCUGCGUGUGGUCUACCGGUCACUGUCAUUCGAGGACAAGCUGGUGUACGCUGAGGACUAUAUCAUGGAUGAAGACCAGUCCAAACUAGCUGGCCUGCUGGACCUGAACAACGCCAUCCUGCAACUGGUGAAGAAGUACCGGAGCAUGAAGCUGGAGAAAGAGGAGUUUGUGACUUUGAAAGCUAUCGCGCUUGCAAACUCAGACUCCAUGCACAUAGAGGAUGUGGAGGCAGUGCAGAAGUUGCAGGACGUGCUGCAUGAGGCGCUGCAGGACUACGAGGGCAACCAGCACGCCGAGGACCCACGCCGCGCCGGGAAGUUGCUCAUGACGCUGCCGCUGCUGCGCCAGACGUCCACUAAAGCAGUGCAGCACUUCUACAGCAUCAAACAGGACGGCAAGGUGCCCAUGCACAAACUCUUCCUGGAGCUGCUCGAGGCCAAGGUCUAGCUCCACCAACGCUGCCUAGACCGGGUCUGUGGUCUCACACGAUCACACAAAUGACACACACACAAACAAACAUACACAUACACACACACACACACACACGAGCGUGCUGACUGCACCGGCCAGGCUAUGACUGAUAUACCGUUUGAAAAACUUUUCUCCAUAAACAACGGUAUCUAAUAACUGACCCUUAACAAAACUCCACUUAAAAGCGGAACAGUAUGCACCAUGCAUAAAAGAACGAAUAAAAUGUGGUUGUUGAGUAAAAAAAAACUUGUACUAUUCAUCAGCAGGACUUCGAAACCGACUUUGGACUUGUCAUCUCUGAAAACAGGUGCAGUUUUUAGAGCUUUCGAAGAACAUUUUUUGUUGACUUUCACCUUAAAUGGAACCUGGAUCCAAGAAUGACAAACCCUGCCAAAGGAAGCAGUUCCACUAAGUGGGAUGCCAAUGAAACUGGAAUGUCCCAAACCCACGUCCAAGAGUCCCUCACUAACAAACAGCAGGCAGUAGUGUUACCACCUGACCUCACGAGCAGUUUAACAGCGCAUUCGCCAAACAGAGAUUUUGUUUGUUUCUUGGUUUAAUUCUGGCUUCUGUCUUUUUUCUGCCCAUUUGAAGAACCUGCUCCCAGUCUUCAUUUAAACCACCGGGGCUCGAUUCCCUCCUUCUUCUUCUUUUUCUUCUUUUCUUUCGAGUCUUCCAAACACUUCUAGCCACUUUUAAUGAUUUCUCCAUCCUCUUUUCAGGGAAUAUCCUGAGCAUUAGUCUCUCAUGCAAUACAAAACAGAGGUACUGUAGUGGACAAGGAAUAUACUAAUUUAUUUAUUGAUAUUUUACUGUACUUUAUCUCAGUGCAUUUAUACUGAAGGGUGUAAAUAUGUAGUAUGGACAUCAUGCAAGCAUUUGAUCGCAUUUUGUUAAUGAAAUUUUUUUUUCUACCAACUCUAACACUUUCGGUAACUGUUACGAGUCGGGAGAGAACACUUGUUAUCUUCUUUAAGCAAUAGAGGUUUUCAAAGGAGUGUAAAUUUAUGCAAUUUUUGUUUUGUGCCCGUGUUUUGUUUGGCUGUUUGUUUUGUUUGUUUGUUUUUUAACAAGAUUUCUUGCAGCUUUAACUUUCCUUUCUGUGGUUAAUACUUACAGUAUGAUAUUCAGUGGCCAGAAGGACCAUGAACAUGAACUAAACACAAUAAUAUAUGCAUUAAUAUUACCACCGAACUUACUUUUACUGAUAUAUUUUUUUUUUAUCAAAGCAGUAUAUUAGCAAUUAGAAAAGAACAUUAACAUAGUCUCGUUUCAUGUGCUUUUUAUCAAACAUGGCCAUGUUAUCAUGAUGUAAUCUACAAUAUGGAAUUUAUUUUAGCAGAAGUCAAGUAACUAAGCAAGCUCUCCACUACACGCAUCAGAGAUAUGUCAGUAUUAGUAGGUCUACUGGGGGAUUUUCCUGAUUAUUCUUUAACACUGUAUAUUGUAAAUGAACAGAUUAUAAAACUAACCCGAAACAUUUUAUUGGAACUAAAUGAAAAAGAAAAAAAAAAGUUCAGCUUCUGUGUGUUCUGUGUCUACUGUAAUUUUCCCUGAAGUCUUUCUUAUUUUUUUCUCUUCAUACGAUGCAAUCGUAUUCUUCUUCGUUUUCCUUUUUUUUUUUUCCCGUCAAUUUUAGAUUUUUUUUUUAAGACAGGGUAGAAUCAGAGACACUACUGGAUGUACAAAUCCCCAGGAGACAUGGAUGAUGGGUUUCAAAUAACUUUCUGGCGUAAAGGACUCUUGCGAAGUUACUGCUAGAUCAACAGUUUCAUGAUCAAUGUAAUCUAUCAUGAUGUAUAAGUGAUUAAACAGUUAUUUAAAGGAAGGAGCGACAUAUAUUUAAAAAAGAAAAAGAAAAAACAAGGGGAUCAUUUUAUCUAACUACUUUCCUGUAGACUAACACUGUAUAUCUUAGGUUAAACUGAAAAAAAAAAGUUUUUUGAGUAUCUCAAAAUUAUAGUGGAUUUUUUAAAAUUAUUAUUAUUAUUAUUACUAUUAUUAUUAUUCUUUUUUUUCUUUUUUUUUUUUUUUACACGCUGCUGUACAUAAGGCCUUCCAUGCUGAGCGACUCUUGUAAUAUUAUCUUUAUUAAAUCCUUGAGGCUGCAAGGGAACGUUAUUCGUUUUGCUGUAGGAUUCGGUUUCUGACAUUCUCGCUUCCGGUUGUGUGCAAAAGAAAAAAGAAAAGGACUAAAAAAAGUCAUUCUUGGAAUAAAACAGGGAAAAGGGUUUGUUUGUUUGUUUGUUUUUUCUGUUCUUUUCCUUCUGUGUUCUUUAAAUACUGUGUAAUUAUUGCCAUUACUGUAGCUAUACGGAGUCUAUGGUUUCUUUAAAGAGUGCUUUGGAGAGAGUAAAGUUAUUCUGAACAUUAAUCAUGGCGACUCCUGAUGACGCUUCCUGCUGUUGAUCGGACGUCGGCACUUUUCGGUUUAUUUGUGAUUUUUUUUCCCUUUUUUCUCUUUUGUCUUUUACAUUUCUGUCUUUCUUAUGCCUAUGGUACAGAUCACCAUGCAAACAUGAUAGACAUGGUAGAUCAUUUUUAGGUGAUUUGAGCUGAGCUUUUAGUUUUCUAACGUCACGCAGAUGUUGCAGCAAGCAGUCCUGGGCCUGGGUGCGUAACCCUAUAAGAGCUGACUUGGGAUCAAUUGCCCCGCUUUAUAAAUUCUCACCCACUUGGAGAAGUCUAACGAGAGGCCAAGUUGCGCCAGGUCUUAAGUAUUUCCUUUCUGUUGCACGAGGAAUUCACACGAAAAUAUGGAUCCUUACACAAUUUGGAUUUUGUGAACUCCUUUAGCGAUACAGUAUGUACUGCGUAACUUUCAGUAACAGUGUGCUCCUGAGGUUAACUUAGAUCAUGAACAGAAGGCUCUGUUUGCUCUGUCGGUUUCAACAUGUUAAAGUAGAUAUCAAAGUGUAAAUUACCAGCGGUACUUUCUUCAUUUUUUUUUUCUCAACAUACUGUAUUUUCUUAUUUGAAGCAAUAUGUGUGGCAAUCAGGACUCACACUCUGCAACUGACUUAGAUCAAAAAUGCUGUAUUUAUUGGACUAUUUUGCAAUGAAAAAUAGAAAUACAAGGGGGAAAAAUAGAUGAUGUACAAACAACUGCUAUUUUUUAUUAUAGAGGACCUUAUGGGUAUGGGUUGUAUUUAUUCACACCUUUCGAAUGUAUUAAAGGAUUUUUUUUUUCUUGCAGCAGAAGUCAAACAUGCAGCAAAAUGUAAGCAACACUAAUCAACUGAGAGAACUGAAAAAAAAGGAAAUGGGGGCGGGGCGGGGGGUAUUUAAAAUAAAAUGUAUAUGAUGAAAUAAGAUGAUAUCAAUUUCAGUCCAGGAGUUGCUGAAACAGCCUGUAGUGAGAACCAUGUCUGUAGCUCUAGAUGUGCUGAACAUCAGUGAAACAAUUACUUGUAUAUUUUUGUGACGUGUACCAUACAGUGUGCUCCCAACGAUUCUGUCCAUUUGUGUAAAUGUAUUUAUUUUACAUUGUAUAUAUUGUUCAAUGCAAAAAGAGAGACCUAUGAUUCUGUAACUACGAUCAAUUCAGAUGUGUAACUCCAAUUAUGCCUUUCAGGAUAAUGGUAGAGCAAUAUUAAAACAUGCUUCCAGUUUUGA